AUGGAUUGGUCAACAUCUUUUUCUUCAGGUGAUUGAGUCUUCAUUCCUUGGCUUUUCAAGGCUCCUCCACCAUAUGAAGCAGGAAGCUUCCCUGUAACUCUUUCCAGGCAUGCCCCUCAUAGAAAGUCGAUACGAACAUCAAAGGCCAUUAAGCAAGGACUGCAUGACAUGAAAUCAGCUGCAGGGAAAACAGAGCUGAAUGUGUUGAAACACUAGAAUUUGCAUUUCAGACAUGAAAAUUAUGUUCUGUUCCAGGACCUAUGGUAAUGUUUUAAUGAGAUGGCCGAACAAAGACAACGUGCCUUGUCAACAUCAGGGGAAGCACUUUAUCAAGUACUGGGUUUAGAGAAGGGAUCCACACAUGAAGAAAUCAAGAAAUCAUACAGAAAAUUAGCUCUGAAAUACCACCCUGACAAAAAUCCAGACAAUCCAGAAGCUGCUGAAAAAUUCAAAGAGAUCAAUAAUGCACACACAACACUCACAGAUGCAACAAAGAGAACUAUAUAUGACAAAUAUGGUUCGUUAGGUCUUUAUGUGGCGGAGCAGUUUGGAGAAGAAAAUGUCAACACAUACUUCAUGCUAUCCAGCUGGUGGGCAAAGGGUCUUUUUGCAAUCUGUGGCUUGUUGACAGGUUGUUAUUUUUGCUGCUGUCUCUGUUGCUGCUGUAACUGCUGCUGUGGGAAAUGUCGGCCCAAAGGACCUGGAGAGGAAGACUAUGAGUACUACGUAUCACCUGAGGACUUAGAAGAACAAAUCAAAACAGACAUGGAGAAAGAUGGAGACACACCAAUUGUUCUUCAACCAACAAAUGCAAAUGAGAAAACUCAGCUUAUUGGAGACGGCCGUCGCAGCUACAACACAGAUGCAUAAAAUUAAAAUGAGCUCCAUAAAGUUAUACUUACAGGGACUGUAUCCUGUUUACAGGCGUACAUUGAACUAUUCAUUGAUGACAAUUAGACUCUUCAUCAUCUUACCUUUGGUAGUUCUGUAUGAAUAAUACCAAUAUUAAUGUAUUUAUGUUAUGCUUUUUCUGUUUACUGCAUUCUGCAACAUGUAUCCAGAGCAGUCUAUUUGUCUGUUUAUCUGCACAUACCAUUUGGGAUAUCCCACUGGGGAACAUGAAUAUCCUUUUUUCGGAGGGUACACUGGAAGAAGUAUAUGUCUGUGUAGAGUUUGUACUUUUAUUUUUCCCAACAGUCGUGUAUUAUUCCCAGUCUCUCAGUUGAUGGUCUUGCCCAAUUUCAUGUAUUGCCUCCUAAGUCAUGGUCCAGCAGCUGGUCUCUGAUGGGCAGCCUCUAUCUUUUAGUCUGGAGGCCACAGUAUAUGCAGAUGGAAACAUCCCAGUGAACAUUUUCUUGUCAGAGACCUCAGACUUUUUUUCCUGGUGGCUGUCAAUAGCAGGACAUGCAUUGGCAUGGAGAAGCCAGCUGUUUUUCUUGCAAUGACAAUUGGUAAACUGAUGCAGUGCGGUCCCACACACCUCCACUCUAGAGUACCUACUUACUCCUUCCCUCCAUGGCUAGCUUUCUGAUGUCUCAAAUUCCAUCAUGGGUUCACAUGCCUGCAGAUAGAAAUUCCUACACUGUACUGAUGGCCUAGCCUCUUCAUGACAUGUCUUUUUACAAAAUAAUAAACCUAAAAUGUUGUGUACUUCUGUAAAGUUAUAUGGCCAUUAAACUGGAAGACUUCUAAUUUAUA